AUGCACUGGUGGAAAGUGAUGGCAGCCCUUCUGCUCUGCUCACUGCUGCUCAGCCAGACCCACGGCAUGUCCCUGUCCCUGUCCCUGUCCCUGAGCCAGCCCCGCAGCCCCCGGCAGCGGCGCAUGACGCCCUUCUGGAGAGGGGUGUCCCUGAGACCCAUCGGAGCCUCGUGCAGGGACAACAGCGAGUGCCUCACCAUGCUCUGCAGGAAAAACCGCUGCCUCCUCUCCACGGCCUCGGCGUGA